AUGAUUUCGGAAGCAACUGAGGCCACACUCUAUGUCGAGCCGCAAUUCGAAAGUCGACCCAACCGGGAUCGUAAGGAAAAGAAGCCGAAAGCUAGAGAACACGAUGGUCUCUUGAACACACACUUGAGCAUCGAGCAGUCAUUGGACCAGCCAGCAGUACAACAUAAAGGUGAAGGUCAAAUCGAAAACCGCAAACCAUGCCGGGGGUGCAACCGCACUGACCACCGCAUUCGUUAUUGUGAGGAUUUCCGGAAGCAAGCAUGGGGAGACAAAAUCAAAAUUGUUGAGAAGUGGAAGUUGUGUCAGCUGUGUCUCAACGAGCACGGACAAACGCGCUGCCGGUUCAAAGGACACUGCAACGUCGGUGAUUGCAAGGAUCGUCACCACAACCUCCUCCAUCCGCCGAAUUCAACCGAGCCGCUAUCAACGAAUUGCCACGUACACAACUCGGAUCAGCACCCUGUUAUUUUUCGAGUGGUUCCGAUUAAGCUCUACAACGGAAAGCGUACCAUGGAUGUUAUUGCCUUCUUGGACGAGGGUUCUUCGUAUUCCCUGAUGGAGAACAGCGUAGCGGAUCAUAUGAAGCUGAGCGGUGCCUGGAAGCCAAUACUCGUCAAGUGGACGGCGGGUAUGAGUCGGCUAGAACGAGAUUCAAGGUCGGUCGAUGUGUCGAUUUCCGCCCAAGGGUCCAAGGAAAAGUUCCCGCUAGGCAACGUUCAAACGGUUCAACAGCUGCAACUGCCGGAGCAGAAGAUACAAUUUGCAGAAGGUAACGACAAGUCAUCAGUGGGUUUUGCUGGCCAUCACGUAUCCGGUGUACUAGCAGACCAGGACCUGCAAGAACUUCUUCGAACGCAUUUCACUUUGGAGGAGUCCGGUAUGUCUGUUACGGUGCUUCCAGAAGCUGCUGAAGAUCGUCGGGCCAGAGAACUGCUAGAGAAAACUACCAUCCGUGUCGACGAGCGCUUCGAAACGGGUCUGUUGUGGAAGAACGAAAAUCCACAACUUCCAGACAGCUUCCCGAUGGCGCUAAAACGCAUGAAAACUCUAGAGCGAAAGUUGUCAAGAAAUCCUGAGCUGCAGCAGAAUGUAGAAAAGCAGAUUGCUGACUACAAACGUAAAGGAUACGCCCACGUUGCUACGUCACAGGAACUAAUGGCAGCCAAACCAGGUAAGGUCUGGUAUCUCCCCCUAAAUGUUGUACUGAAUCCCAAAAAGCCGGAAAAAGUCCGGAUAGUCUGGGACGCAGCGGCAUCUGUUCAAGGGACGUCACUCAACUCCGAAUUGUUGAAGGGUCCCGAUCUUCUCUCCAGUCUCCCAUCAGUACUGUGUCCCUUCCAUGAACGCCCUGUCGCUUUCGGGGGUGAUAUUGCGGAGAUGUACCACCAAUUCAAAAUACGAAUGGAGGACAAAUCAGCACAGAUGUUUCUGUAUCGGCCGAAAGCAUCAGACCGUCCAGUGAUUUACAUCAUGGAUGUUGCCACUUUCGGCUCAACCUGUUCGCCGUGUUCUGCCCAGUAUAUAAAAAACCGAAACGCGAUGGAGUUUACCGAUCAGUUUCCUGAGGCUGUUGAGGCAAUAGUCGAAAAGCACUAUGUCGACGACUACCUAGAUUCAACAUUCACGGUAGGUGAAGCCAUCCAGUGGGCAAGCGAGGUUGCAUUCAUCCACUCCAAGGCGGGAUUCACGCUUCGAAAAUGGGUUUCGAACAGCCCAGAGUUCCUACAGCACUUUGGUGAACAAGCGGAUGACCAAAUGAUCCACAUUCUGUGCAACAAGACCAAUGGCAUGGAAAGAAUUCUGGGGAUGUCGUGGAAUACGGAUCGAAAGCUGCCAUCUAAACGAACCCUGUUGAGCAUCGUCAUGAGCUUUUUUGAUCCACUUGGCUUGUGGGCCCUGUAUACUGUUUUCGGGAAAAUGAUCAUCCAAGAUCUUUGGCGGAACGGAUGUCAGUGGGACGAGACUAUCGACGAUAAAUUGGUAAAGAAGUGGUUCAAUUGGACCGCGCUGUUGCCACAAGUGCAGGCAAUGGAAAUCCCUCGUUGUUAUUUCCUUGGGGUGGAACCGUCUGACUAUGAGAAUCUUGAGCUACACGUUUUUGCGGACGCAAGUGAAGAUGCUUACGGGUGCGUUGCGUACUUGCGGAUUCUGGUGAAUGGUCAACCAAGAGUCGCACUGGUAUCGGCGAAGUCCAAGGUGGCUCCCCUACAGUACAUGUCGAUCCCUAGGAUGGAGCUUUUAGCUGCGGUACUUGGUGGAAGACUGUCCUUUGCUGUGAAGGCCAAUCACUCCGUGCAGGUGAAACGUCUGGUGAUACCCAUCGAUUCCGCAACGGUACUCUUCUGGAUUUACUCAGACCACAGGAAGUACAAACAGUUCGUGGCAUAUCGCAUCGGCGAAAUAUUAAGCCUCACGAAUCCAACCGAAUGGCGCUGGGUUCCUUCGAAGAACAACAUAGCAGACGUGUUAGCGAAGUGGGGAAAAAAUGGACCGCCGUUGGAAAGUGACGGAAACUGGGUGAACGGUCCCGAAUUUCUGUACCGCCCCGAAGAAGAGUGGCCCCAACGAAAACUACCAGCAUCAAAUGUGGAAGAAGAGCUGCGGGCGCAUCAUUUGUUCCACGAAAUUUCGUUCCCUCAGCUUCUAGUAGACACCACCCGUUUUUCGCGUUGGAGUAAUUUGGUGCGCUGCGUUGCAUACGUGUUCCGAUUCAUUUCGAAUUGCCGCAGAAAGGUGAAGAAGCUGCCAAUCGAAGCGAUUCAGGCCACAUCCGAGCUGGAAAGGUUGCUGAAAAUUCCGUUAUUGGUAACCAAGACUCCCUUGAAGUGCGAAGAACAUCGUCAAGCGGAGAACUACCUGUGGAAAGCUGCGAAGCAAGAUGGAUUUUCGGAUGAAGUCAAGACGUUGCUGAAGAACCAGGAGCUGCCACAGGAGAAGUGGCACAACAUUGAACGAUCCAGUUCACUGUACAGAUUGUCCCCAUUUUUGGAUGAAUUCGGAGUAAUCCGUAUGGAAGGGCGGUCGGCCUAUGCAGAGUUCAUUGCUUUCGAGCAGCGGUUCCCCAUUGUGCUUCCGAAGGGCCACGAUGUUACCAACAAGCUUCUUCUUCACUACCAUGUAAAGUUCGGGCACGCAAACCGUGAGACUGUGGUGAACGAACUCAGGCAGCGCUUCUAUAUCCGAAACAUUCGAGCAGUGGUACUGCAGGCGAUGAAAAACUGUAUGUGGUGCAAAAUCAACAAGUGCCAACCAGCAGUUCCCAGGAUGGCACCUCUACCUGUACAACGCCUCACUCCUCAGCUACGUCCGUUCAGCUACGUGGGGAUCGACUACUUCGGUCCGGUAAUCGUCACAGUUGGCCGACGAUCAGAAAAAAGAUGGAUUUGCUUGUUCACGUGCCUAGCGACCCGGGCAAUCCACAUGGAAGUCGCCCAUAGCCUAAGCAGUCAGGCAUGUGUGAUGGCAAUCAGGCGAUUCAUCUGCAGGAGAGGUGCCCCACUGGAGUUCUUUUCAGACAACGGCACAAAUUUUCAAGCGGCCAUCAAGGAUUUGGUGCAAGAGGUGCAACGUAUCGAUCUGGAGUGUGCAGAUGUAUUCACCGAUGCUAGGACCCGGUGGACCUUCAAUCCACCUGCAGCACCGCACAUGGGUGGCAUUUGGGAGCGACUAGUGAAUUUGACGAAGGGCGCAUUGAAGGCUUUACACGAUGGCAGAAAAUUGACGGAUGAAAUUCAACUUACUGUGCUGGCUGAAGCUGAGGACAUGGUGAAUUCUCGGCCACUCACAUAUGUACCACAGGAAUCAGCAGACUUCGAAGCCCUCACGCCGAAUCACUUCCUCCGCGGUCUGCCUGCUGGGGAACGUGAAGAGGCUCACGUGCUGACCAAUUCGGCUGAAGCGUUGCGGGACAACUACCAGCGGUCUCAGGAGCUAGCGGAUAUGCUUUGGCAGAGGUGGCUGAAGGAGUACAUUCCCACCAUAAAUCACCGUACCAAGUGGCACGGAGAGCAGGAGCCUAUCGAAGAAGGAGAACUGGUGUACGUCGUUGAUGGGAACAACCGAAGAACCUGGAUCCGUGGAGUUGUGGUGAAGGUCAUUCGAGGCAUCGAUGGAAGAAUACGUCAAGCACUAGUGAAAACUGAAAAGGGUGUGUAUCGACGUGCAGUUGCCAAGCUAGCGGUGAUGGAAUUGAGGAGUAAAUCUGGCCAGAUACCUGGUUUCGACCAGAGUUACGGGAGGGGGAAUGUUGCCACCACCGUUGGGCACAACACCACAGCAGACAAAAUAUCGCCGGAUACGGUACUGGCAGCCAUAAAGGUCAAAGUGACACGAACCAGAAAUAUCAUCGUGGAUCGGCUGGACUACUUCACGGCCAGCCAGACUGCGAUGGAAAGUAUAGACGAUUACACGGCACGUUUGAAGACUCUAGCGAAGCCUAGUAAGUUUGGAGCUCUAGAAGCGGAAAUGAUCACCUACAAACUGGCCACCUCCAACAAAUGGUCACAUCUUAGAUCAAAAAUGCUCACGAUGACGGGCCUUACGAUAGAUCUGUGUCGUGUAGAAGAGAUUACUGCGAAGCACGUCCAAACCCUUUCGUCGGACAAGAUGUUGGAGGUAAACAAGGUCCAAACAUCAUCAUCGAAGGCUCGUUUGUCCUACGGAAAAAAGUGCAAGCUGUGUUCCGGAAAGAACCACUUCGAAAAAAUCUGUCGGAAGAAUCGAUCGAGCUCGUCGAAACGGAACCGUGUACGAAGAGUACAGAAGAUAAACGAAGAUACCUCGGAUGACAGCGAUUCAGACAACGAAUGCAAAGGAUUGCAACCGGAUCACACCGAAAUUUCGUCUAUCAAGCACUACCCGGUUCCAGCAAACAGGACGGAACUGCAUCGGUUCAUUGGGAUGGUCACGUAUCUCAGUCGGUUCAUUCCUAAUUUGAGCGCCAGCUUUUCGAAGCUGCGACGGUUGAUUUCGGAAAAGGAGUCGUGGCAAUGGACACAGGCAGGAGAUGAGGAGUUUUCGAAAGUGAAGUCCCUAGUGUCAGAUAUCACGACGCUACGCUAUUACAACCACUGA